UCUUGAUUGGGGACGCCUGCCGCGCUGACAGCUGCGCUUGCGCGUCAGUCUGGACCGGGCCGGGCCGGACCUGUGCCCGUGGGGCCAUAACCGGACAGUGGCUGGGCGGGGACACGUGUGGCCAUGGGCCUCACGGCCAGCUCGGAACAGCCCGAGGGAGGGGCGGAGGGCUUCCACCUGCACGGGGUUCAGGAGAACUCUCCGGCCCAGCAGGCCGGCUUGGAGCCCUUCUUUGACUUCAUCAUCACCAUUGGCCACGCGAGGCUGAACAGGGAGAGCAGCACCCUGAAGGACCUGCUAAAGGCCAACAUGGAGAAGCCCGUGAAGCUGGAGGUGUACAGCAUCAAGACCCUGAAGGUGCGCGAGGUGGAGGUGGUGCCCAGCAACAUGUGGGGCGGCCAAGGCCUGCUGGGGGCCAGCGUGCGCUUCUGCAGCUUCCACAGGGCCAACGAGCACGUGUGGCACAUCUUGGACGUGGAGCCUUCAUCCCCCGCGGCCCUGGCUGGGCUCCGACCCUAUACUGACUACGUGGUGGGCUCCGAUCAGAUUCUCCAGGAGUCCGAGGACUUCUUCACGCUCAUCGAGACCCACGAGGGGAAGCCCCUGAAGCUGAUGGUUUACAACUCUGAGACCGACUCGUGCCGCGAGGUGGUCGUGACUCCCAACGGUGCCUGGGGUGGAGAAGGAAGUCUAGGCUGUGGAAUUGGAUAUGGGUAUUUGCACCGAAUCCCAACUGUCGGCCCAAAGAAGCCCCCAGAGACUGGUCCACCCACGGCUUCAGCUCCUGAAACCCUGUUGUCUAACCCAGGCCAGGGAGGCUACACAGAGGCUUUACUCCAGGCACCAGAUUUCCCAUUUGAUCAGGCUGAGGAUGUCCUCGACUCUGAACAAACCUCAGCCUCAGAGAGAGAUGCUUAUUCUGGGGAGACGUCACUUCAGCCACCGCCCCCUGUCCAGCGAGUCAUGGACCCAGGCUUUCUGGAUGUUUCUGGCAUCGCCCUUCUGGAUACCUCGGAGGCCCCAAAGCUGCCCCAGCCGGCUUCCUCUGUCCACUCCCCCCCCUCUCUGGGGCAUUCUGUGAUGGGAACCGAGAGUGCCCUCCCUGGCAGAGAAGAGGAAGCCACAAGGUUAGGGCUGGACCUCGAGGGCUCUGUCCUGGACAGCUCUGGAACGUACGGGCAGCCGGACCCUGGUUCAGUUGUGCCCUUUCCCAACAACAUCAGCUCCAAGGCGGCGCUUGAGACCGAUGAAGGCCCCGAGCUUGUCCCGGCCCGGGCUGACGCAAUGCCUGCCGGGGAGAACGGGGUGCCAGCAGAAGGUGAGGGGGCAGACGUCGCCCUCGAGUAACCCCCCCCUCCCCCCGAUGCCCCAGAUCCUGCCCUGGCUGACCGGAGACCAGCGGCCUCUGCGGACCACGGGGUCUCGUUCUGGAUUUGGAGAUGGAGGGUGUGGAGCUUCCAGGGCAGCCCAGGGCCCCGGGCAGAUCCCCAGCCGGACCCCCAGCUGGACAGCUUCUCCCGGAGCCCCGGGCCUCAAGUGGCCUCUCACUGAACUCUUGGAUCUCUGGGGUAGGAAAAAAGCCGGAGCCUUCCUGGGAGGCUCCUGUGGGCCGAGGAGCGGGCAGCCGGCCUAGCUAGAGAAUGGGGGGACUCUUCCUCCCUCCCUGCCUCAGGCAGCCCCUCUGUGUGAAGGAAGCAGCCCCUGGGGCAGAGGCCGAGGCCUUCAGGCCUCAUCCAGGCCUGGGGCUUCUCAGAGGGCUGAUCAUUUGUUGAGUGAUGGGUGCCGAGGCCUUCUGGGCAGGAUGGAUGGCUGCAUGGUGCCCCGGGGGCUGGGGAGAAAGGCCUCUCCGCUGUGGGAUGGGGGACUUCCCCAGACCUCAGGGCCUAUCCCUGGGGAACGGAGGAGGGAUGGACGGGGUGGGGGUCUGACCGAAGGGCCAGCCCCCCUCUCCCGGUCUGAGGCCCGAAGCGUGCCCAUCCCCAGAAGGAUGGCGGCCAGGCCUUGGGGUGGGCACAGGCAGGGGGGCUUUGGCUUGUGAUUCCCGGUUGUGGCUGGGUGGGCGCCGUGGCCUUUUUAUAAAGAUGCUUUAGUUUGC